AUGUUGCAGGUGGUGUUGGUGGAGGGAGCUUUGCUCGUGCUCUUCAGCUGCCUGGAGGUGUGGUACUUUGUGCGUGGGGCCCUGGCUGUGGUCCAUGCAUGGUUCCAACCCAAAAUAUGGGACAUUCUCACUGUGCACAGCUUUGGAUCCAUGGUCCUUCCUCGUGAUCUGGACCAAAUGUGCCACAUGAACAACUCUCGAUACCUGAGAGAGUGCGACUUUGCUCGCUUACACUUUUACACACAGAACAGGCUGCUACUAGCCUUAUUCCAGCUGGGCGGCAGAAUGGUGGUGGGUGCUUCCACCAUCAGGUACCGGCGCUCCUUGGCAAUUUGGGAGCCUUUUGAGAUCCAGACCAAAAUAUUGGGAUGGGAUGAAAAGGCCUUUUACGUGGAGCAGCGCUUUGUGUCCAAGAGAGACGGCUUUGUGUCGGCCGUCAUGUUCUGUAAGCAGAACCUGCUCGACUGCAGCCCAGACAAGCUCAUCGCAUUUCUGUGGAAAAGGAGGAUGGAGAGCCCUGAGCUUCCUGAGGACGUCAAACAUUGGAUCAGCUUCCUUUCAGCCAACAGCCAGACCCUGAGAGCAGAGCGUCAACUGACAAGGAGACAAGAAUAAGUGAAGCAACACCAAGGCAUCAUGUAGUAUCAGCACGUAUAUAAUGGGCAUUGCAUGCAGUGUAGAAUAUAUAUGAACAUAGAUCCAGAGAGUGCACGCACUCAACCAGUGAAGCAUCACUGAGAAUUGGUCUUGAUUAAUAAAAUUCCACUAAUCUUGUA